GCCGACUAGUGUCAUUGCUCGGCUCGAGUUCGGCUCAUUGACAAUAUAUUCAUGUCCUCCUCUCUGUUUCUCUUCUCAAACCUUUCCCUUCUCUCGAAGACAAACUUUCUCCUGAUCUCCUCCCUUGCUUGAGAUCUUCCUUCCCUGGCGGCGACGACUGGGCCAACGGCCGCCCAGCCCUUUGCCGGCGACGAGCGCAUCCUCCAGGUGGUAACCUAUUGCAGAUUCUCAGUCUGUUUUCUUGAAUCUGUCGUGCGGUUUGUUAGUACACAAUGAAAGCUAAAGAACCCAAGAAGACAAGGUGCUGUGUCAAAUGGGAUGAAGAGAACUUGAAUGGCAUUGAGUCAAACAAACCAGAAAGAGAGAAGAUCAACGAGCCCAAGACGCCUUACCACCCAAUGAUCGAUGAAGACGAAGGGCCUGUUUCACCAUUACAACUAAGUGAAGAGUCCGUGGAUAAAUCUGCUCAUGCUGAUGCCAUCAAGACUGCUUUAGCUGAAGCUGUUUCCAGUGGAAAGAUUUUCGACAGAAAUAGUUGGGAAUCAUGUGACAAUGAAGAAGCCAUAAAACAAGGCAAAGCUUUUGAGGAGCAGCGGAAGGUUCACUACGAUGAAUAUCAUAAGAUGAAGGAGCUGCUUCAGAAGGGAACCAUGACUGAUGAUGCAGAUGAAGAUGAGAGUGUACCAGACAACAGGAAGGAGUGAUGGUUCUGUCACGGUCCGAACUUUGAUCAGAAAAUCUUCUGCAUCUGACAGUUGGAAUCUUGGGAAAGUUUCUGGUUAGGGGUACUUUAGGACUAUUAAAUGUAUUAGCUAUACAUAACUGUUUCUGUAUUUCCUGCACAGAACUUGGUUGUUCGCUUCCUUACACUAGUUUGGAACUGUAUGCCAUGAUUCAAGCAUCUUUGCAGCUGAGACUUGUUUCUGUAGUCAGUCUCGCCGACCGCAAGCUGGAACAUGGUAAUUUUCGUACGAAUUAGUGAUGAAUGGUCUGCUAGAUGACCCUUUUUUUUUAGCUUGCAAAUUGUAAAUUUGAGUUUUCAAAAAAUAUACAUUGCAGCUUUCGUAAUGUUAAAUAGAUUGUUGGACUGUAA